AUGGCAGUCACAUCUUUGCGUUUGCGCCAUCCGUUUGGCGCGAGGGUUGACAAUGGUGAAGGAAUACGAGCCAUGAUGGGCUCCCCUGUUCCAUUGGCCGAAGAUCGGCUAUUCAUUCUCAAGAGAGAGAGGCCAGGAAGCUUCAGCAGAGGGCCCCGCCAUGCUCUCAAUAGCAGCUGGUUUGACGCCCACAAGCGUUGUUUUCCUGACAAGUCCCACCCUGUCCACAUCGAUCUUAUCCUUCUCAGGAAACGAAGCUACUGUCCCGUGACUUCCGCGAUGCACGACCGGGGCCUUGCGCCUCAACGACAGCAAAUACAAGGUGUCACGCGGCAUGCUCGUGGAUCUGCCGAGAUCAUGAAGAGCUGGUCGUCAUGUUCCAUGUCCAGCUCAUCUCUCCUUGCUCAGUACGAUCAGGAGCACUCUGUACCUUCAACAGCCGCUAUCUCCGGCGGGAUGGUUCUCGACCUGGGCCAACCGGGUUGCCAUGGUCUCUCACAAUCUUCUCCAGGCCCAAUGUCCAACAGUCCGAUUCGCGGAGAUGGCCGCAUGGAUGCUCCGGGCAAGCCUUUCCGCGUGGAGUGGUCUCCCCACCUGGCCUUCCUUUCCGCAGCCUGA